UCACAGAUUUGGACAUCAGUGUGUUUGUGUGUUUGGUGGAAAUGCGGCUGCCUGUGGAUGUGUCGCUCUGCUGGAGCCCGGCGGGGUGUGUGUGUGUGUGUCUGUGUGUGUGUGAGUGUGUGUGUGUGUGUGUGUGUGAGGCGUGAGUGUGUCACAUCGGUCGUGGUUUAACACCGACAGGCAGAGGAAACCACAUGAUUUGGAUACUGGGACCCCACAGUGUGUGUGACACCGGGACCGUCCCGAGAGCUGCUCAGCAUGUCAUCCAACUCCACGGCCGCUACGCCGUGCGCUCCGGGGGAGACCAUCUGUGAGAUCAGGGUGUACGAGUCCGAGGUGAUCGUCGUGCCCACGCUGCUCCUGCUGACCUUCCUGUGCACCCUGCUGGCCGUGUGUUUGCUCAGGUUUUGCCCUGAACGCAGACGGGCUCGGGCCACGGCGCCCCGGCCCGCCCAGCCCUCCCAGCCCUACCAGAGGUCGAGCCACAGACACACUCAAAGGCACAGCCACCGACGGGACCUGCAGGGCAUCGAUGCUCCGCCCGGGCUGAACGCGCUGGAGCAUGAGGAGCUGCCCAUGACGGUUCAGCAGAUCCAGCGCAACGUGAGGCCGACUCUGGCUGCAGUACCACAGACGGCCACAGAGAGGCAGCACGCGGCCUUCAAACAGGUCACAGCCCUGCCGCUGUCCUUCUCCAUCAAGCCGGAUGACACGGUCAGCCUCUACAGAGCCCGAAUGGACCGCAGGGACGUCGUCCUCAGGGUCCUGAAAGAGACGGCAAACAGCAGCGAGAAGCAGCACUUCCUCGGCUUCGCCUCCUUCCUGUCCGGGCUCGGGCCGCACCCCUUCCUGCCCGUCCUCAUGGGCGUCAUCUCAGCGCAGCCGCCGCUCAUGAUGGUGGUGGAGGAGCUGCAGCACCGAGACCUGCUGGGCUUCCUGUGGAGGUGUAGGCAGGAUAACUCAGGUGGAGAGUGUCCAUGUGACCUAACAGAGAAGAAGAUCUUCACCAUGGCAGGACAGGUGGCCUCUGCUCUGGAGUACCUGCACACUCAGGGCUGCAUGCAUGGCAACGUGGGAGCUCGCAGCGUCCUGGUUGGUGGGGACCUGACGGCCAAACUGUGGGGGUUUGGCCCCGCCUACCGCCGGAGGACGCAGGCCGGGUCGCCGGGCGAGGUGGAGGACAUGGAGCUGAGGAAGUGGCAGGCGCCUGAAGUGCUGGCCAGGAGACCCGCCAGCCAGAGCAGCGACGUAUGGUCCUUUGGUAUCCUGCUCUAUGAGAUGGUCACGUUAGGCGACCCACCGUUUGCUCAUCUCAUGGCCAGUGAACUCCUGCAGUAUCUCCAGAGAGGAAACACCCUGAGGAGACCAGCCAGCUGCUCCAACUCACUGUACUCGCUCAUCAGGUCGUGCUGCCAGUGGAGCUCGCAGCAGCGUCCGCCCACGUCCGACCUCAUCAGGAGGCUGCAGGCCGGCGAGAGGUCAGCCAAUGACAGGACGGUUCUCAGAGUGCCUGAGCCGCUGGACAUUGAGAAAUACCUGCGGGAGGCGGGAUAUGGAGAGGCCUACAACUACGCCGUUCUCUGAUUGGCUGGGAGUCUGAUCAGUCAACGCUGGUGUUCCUCCUCCUCCUCCGCCGGGCCGGCCUCACGUGAUUUUGCACUGAAGACUGUUCUGAAAGACGUUCUGCGUGGGCUGUGCACGUCGUUGGACCAGUUAUCAAAUAACUUUUUAUAUCAAAAUGCGCAUUCAAUCGAACUGUUAUUUUACCGGACACUCAAAAUCACUCAGCUCGCACAAAGAGACUGCUGGGACACUUCAUGAGUGUUACGGAGCACACUCACGUUACGUUCAAGGAGUAUGUUACAGAAUACUCCAGGGUUUUUCUGACUUCCCCAGAAUGAAACAAGAUGUUCGACACCGUUUUCACCUCUGUA